GGAAGCUCCACUGCAAGCACAACAUGAUCAGGACGUUUCUCACUAUGUAUGUGGUUGUGAAGACAUCAUGUAUGUUAAAGAAAACAAAACAAACUUGCUUUUACCAUGCAGGACACAGCGUAUUCUUCACCUGAUGUGGACACACUAACUAGCAGAAGUGUUUGUUGGUAGGUCAAAGUGUUUGUAUUUCCCUGGUAGGCGGGGAUUAUGCAAAUGUGUUACCUUGUGAGGUAAAUAGGUAUCAGGCAGAAGAUUCGGAAAUAUGACGACUCCUUAAGGCGUUUGAUUAACAACUUUGUACACUGUUUACAUUGAAGGAUAGCAACUUAAAAACUGCAAAAAAUAUAUUUCUCGAAAACCCAUAUGACCUGCUCUUUAAGGGUUGUGCGAUGUGGAAAAGUGAGGCCUUUACCGGCCUAUUCCGGGUUUAAGACCCAAGGUCUUAAACUCUUUUAUUUUCGUGCCUUUCAAAGGUCAAUUAAAUAGCUGCCAAGACAAAAUAGCAUGCACGUAUUAUGGCAUAGGCUACACGUGAAAAAUUCUGCAUACAGGCCUAGUGCAUAUAUUUUUGAAUGUUUUGUUUUAUAGGAAGUCUGGAUUACAGAAGCCAUAUAGCUACACGUUUAUCAUUCCAGCCUUCAUGUCAAAACACUAAUUUUCUUCGUUUUGAUGCCGUUUGAUGGACCGUAUUGAUCUCUCGCAUUCCUCGUUUAGUCACAAACACUGUGUUCUUGACUUAUAAACUUCUAAGAAUGGAUUGUAGUAUUUUGGCAAGACUUUGUAUUUCUUUAUUUCUUUAUUUUUAUUUUUUUAAUUUAAUUUCAUAACGUCUAUUUGUCCGUUUAAAAUAUUAUAGGCUAUUUAAACAUCCCAGUCAACCGAACACAAUCCAAAUUAUGUAUGUUCAACAGAGUGUUUUAAUCUUCACAAACUUGUAUUCGCAAACGUUUUAGAAACUCAUUUGUAAUUCAGUCUGGACUUCGUUGUUAAGUUUGGAUCUGCCAUUAAUUAGCUUUCACUGUCAAUAUACAAACAGAAAAAGUGAGCGAGGAUCUGUCAAUGUCUUUUCUGGAUCACGUGACUAUGGUCUCAGUUGGACUGGAUAGAAAUGGAUUUCCACGUCAUCUUACGUCUCAAAAUUUCUGCCUCGCGGAUACCCCUACAACUCGGGUAAGAGGCACGCGCACAUGAGAGCUAUGUUGUGGGCGUUUCGUAUAGGUCUCGCUAGCCCAAGCUAGAAGCUGCGCGGGUACAAUGAUGGAUUUUGACGAGAGAGUUUCCGUUGGCUCCAACAUGUAUCUGCCCAGCUGCACGUAUUACGUUCCGGGGGCUGAUUUCUCCACGUUGCCCUCUUUCCUAUCCCAAAGUCCGUCUUCUCGUCCCGUCACCUACUCUUACUCAUCUAACCUGCCUCAGGUACAGCAUGUCAGGGAGGUUACAUUCCGGGACUAUGCUACUGAUGCGUCCAGUAAAUGGCCUCACCGGGGUCCACUGGCUCAGUGUUAUCCGUCGGAGGACAUAGUACAUAGGGAGUGUUUACCAGCGGCAACGACAGUUGGUGAAAUGUUCCCUAAGAAUAAUGCAUCUGCGUAUUAUCACUCAUCGAACUCGACCUCCGCGUCCAAUUUCUACGGUAGUGUUGGAAGAAACGGGGUGCUUCCUCAAGCAUUUGACCCGUUUUUUGACACCGCCUGUGGGGGCUCGGACAGUGUAGCGAACAGCAACUAUGCAGCGAGGGAUAAAAUGCACUCCAGCAAACAGCCAACGCCAGCGCCCGCACUGGAGCAGGAGUCCGAAGGAAAGGAGCGACAGGAGACCAGUAGCCCCGAAUCUUCUUCCGGAAACAACGAGGAAAAGACCAGCGGUGCAAGCAGUGGACCUAGGGUUCGCAAGAAGAGAUGUCCCUAUACAAAAUUUCAAAUCCGGGAGCUCGAGAGGGAAUUCUUCUUCAGCGUGUACAUUAACAAAGAGAAACGACUUCAGCUCUCACGGAUGCUUAACCUCACCGAUCGCCAAGUGAAAAUUUGGUUCCAGAACCGGCGGAUGAAGGAAAAGAAACUAAACAGGGACCGAUUACAGUACUACAGUACCAACCCACUGAUAUAGGGCAAGGAAAUAACAGAUACAAAUAUACAACAGCUGCAGUAAGAUCACACACGAGACCUUAUACAGACUCUCAGUGGUUAACUUCAAGUUCGAGACAAGGCACCAUUCACUACAGAGAGCAUAUACAGGACAUUGGACUUCACAGUUUAAAUACGGGUUGUUUUGUGCUCGUAAUAGAUAAACGUAUACAAUUCUGUGGCGAACAUAAAUGAUUUAAUUAAGAGCUUGUGAUAAACACUGAACACGGACUAGCCUGCUCCGCGUGCAGUUGUGACGGACUAACAUGCGGAGAUUGAGUACAACUGGCUGAAAUAUUUGGGUUUAAACAAGGAAAAGCCAUUCUUAUGGCGUGUUCAUUUGUGUGGAGGAAUGGAGCAAUAACACUUUCUUCGCCGUCUCUCGGGAAUGUAAAUGACUCAUUACAAACUGUGUAGCCUAUUUGUUAUAUUUUGAUCAUCCAAAAUUUUCACUUGCUGCAAACUCUGAACACAGAAAUGAAACAGACUGUGAGCUUGACUGAACGGAGAACAUGCAAUCGCGCUGAAUCACAUCCCCAAUCAUAAACAUUUCCGGACUAGGAAUUGGUAAUCUUUAAGAAGUGGACACUUUCAGGCUUCAGAAUGGAAAUAACGUUUUCACGAUGACCUUAUUUGCCCAUGUUCUACUGUGCACCGCUAUGAUUGUCCUGGGAUUAAAAGGGUUUGGUUGAUUGUAAUCUAGAAAAUCAUCUUUAUGGCAUAUAUUUCCUAAAUUAAAUAAUCAAAGGGGUAUAACAUAUAUUUGUAGUACAUCGUAUUUCUUUUCAAAUAUAUUAUGCAUGAGCGUACACAUGCGCAUUAUGUGCAUUUAUGAACAGCAAUGUUGUUUUGUUUUUCUUUUUUUGUUUUUUAAGAACUCUUUCUGACCAUGAGAUGAAGCAGUUGUUACCUGACAGUUUUACCGUCACAGUGGUUACAGUAUUUGCAGUUAUUAUCUGAAUGUUUAUGGCCGUGCUCGUAGUGUUCAUAUGACAGCAAUAAACAAAGACAGAGGAAGAGUAAGAAGAAGAGAGAGAAAGAAAGUAGAAGAGAGGGGGAGAGAAAGUCUGAGCUUUAUGGUUGCUUGUCGCGGAGCGACUUGGCCUGGCUGGCUCAUCCUUUGAGGCGCUGAGGAAUAUCCGCCUAAUUACGGGGACAUCCUCCUUGUUGCUUCAGCAACACGACCAUAAAAGCUGUCUGUGUCUGGAGCAUUUGGGCAAUUGCAGUGUGGUGCCAUAAACCGUAUGAGAACCAAGGUUAUUAGCCACGAUUGCAAGGGAACAGAGGCAAAGAGAUUUUGAGGGUCGACUUUCAGGGGUGCUCUUUUUCUUUCUGCCUG